AUGUUCCGAUUGCCUCUGAGUUUCUUCAGGCAAUUUGGGUUGACUUGGAUGCCCAUCUAUAGCACAUUGAACAAGGCUCAAUCCUGCAGACGCAGCAUGGCGACGCUUAUCAAUACCCCCAGGGACCCCAACACGCUGAGCAACUACAACAACUUCCGCUGCACUCAUACAGAGGCUAACUUUGAGAUUCUCUUUGAACAAAAGAGACUCGUUGGGAAUGUUGUCCACAAGCUGAAGUCAACAACCAACGCUGAAUCCAAGGAAAUUAUCCUAGACUCAAGCCAUGUGUCGAUAGACGAGGUUCAGGUCAAUGGCAACCCCGCAGAAUGGGAGCUGCUUCCUCCGUUCGGCCCGCUGGGCACUGCGCUGAAGAUCAAGCUCGACCAACCGGUACGGCUUGAUGAGCUGGUUGAUGUAAAGAUCUCUGUUCAAACAACCGAGAAAUGUACGGCGCUCCAAUGGUUGACCAAAGCACAAACGUCAACAAAGAAGCAUCCAUAUAUGUUUUCUCAGUGCCAGGCUAUUCAUGCGCGGUCCAUCUUCCCGUGCCAGGACACUCCCGAUGUGAAGGCCACUUUUGAUUUCAACAUUACUUCUCCCCUGCCUGUCAUUGCUAGCGGGCUACCAGUCCGGACCUCACCUAGUGCUACUCAAACCGGCGCAAAGCUCUAUCAAUUUCAACAAAAAGUCCCCAUUCCGAGCUAUCUGUUUGCUCUCGCGAGUGGUGACAUUGAUGAAGCUCCAAUUGGUCCCCGAAGCAGGGUUGCCACAAGCCCCGACAAGCUGCGAGAGUGUCAGUGGGAACUCGAAGCUGACACCGAGAGGUUUAUUGAAACGAUAGAGAAAAUCAUCUAUGACUAUGCCUGGGGUGAAUACAAUGUUCUGGUCCUUCCUCCUAGUUUCCCCUACGGAGGGAUGGAAAAUCCGACAUACACAUACUGUACACCAAGCAUUAUAUCAAAGGAUCGACAAAAUGUCGACGUGAUUGCACAUGAGCUUGCACAUAGCUGGAGUGGCAACUUAGUCACUAGUGCCUCAUGGGAGCACUUCUGGCUCAACGAAGGUUGGACUGUGUAUCUUGAGAGACGGAUACUGGCCGCGAUCCAUGGCGAAAAGUACCGCCAUUUCUCUGCUAUCAUUGGCUGGAAGGCCCUCAGAGAUUCCGUGGAGCGGUAUGGCGAGGACCAUGAAUUUACUAGAUUGGUGCCUACUCUCAAAGGCCAGGACCCAGAUGACGCAUUUUCCUCUAUCCCAUAUGAGAAAGGGUUCACUUUCCUCUUCUUCUUAGAGAAGCUUGUCGGAAAGGAGAAAUUCGACCAGUUUAUUCCUCACUACUUCACCAAGUUUAAGGGAAAAUCACUGGACUCAUAUGAGUUCAAGUCUACGAUCUUAGAGUUCUUCUCGUCUGACGCUGAAGCUUCUAAGCUUUUGCAGGAUCUGGACUGGGACGGCUGGUUUUACCGACCUGGACUGCCUCCGAAGCCGGAAUUUGACACCUCUCUGGCAGAUAUUGUAUAUGAACUGGCCCAUAAGUGGAAAUCUCAGUCAUUUCAGCCUCAUUUGGACGAUAUCAAGGGCUUAACAGCAAACCAGAUUGUGGUCUUCUUGGAGCAAGUCCUGCUUUUCGAACAGCCACUGACAGCCGACCAGUCCAAGCUGAUGGGUGAGGUCUACGGUUUCGCCAAGAGCGAAAACAUUGAGGUUGCCAAUCUGUAUCUUCAGGUCGGCCUCAAGGCGGGCGACAAGAGUGUGAUUGAACCAACAACGGAGCUUCUGGGAAGGAUCGGAAGAAUGAAAUUCGUGCGACCUUUGUUCCGCACACUGCAAAAGGUUGAUCGUCAAGCGGCGGUCGAGACAUUUGAGAGAAACAAGGACUUCUAUCAUCCAAUUUGCCGGGCUAUGGUUGAGAAGGAUCUCUUUGGCUCCAAGAGCGCAUAG